AUGGCGUUCGGAAUGCCACGGAACGAGCUGCGGCUGCUGGCACUCCGCUUGUUGGUCUUGAGUCACAUCGCCUUUGCCUUGAUCCUGCUCGUGGUUCUCUUCUUCCGCUUGUGGGAGGGAGAUGGCUUGGUCCAGUGUGGCCGGCAGUAUCCUUUCGUGGCCUCGAAGUGCAUUUGUGGUGGCACCUUGCCCUACAUCUGCUGGAUUUCCGAAAGUUUUAAUGCCUUGUAUCCUGAUCCAGACAUGAGCGCACGUGUGAUCGGCCAGACGUAUUGCUGGUUGGUACUGUCUUUAUGUCCUGCGCUCGAAGGCCUUCUACUGCUCUUCGCUUGGCAGCGACGUUGUGAUUUGAUCGCAGGGAUACUAAGCAGUGCUUAUUUGUUGCUGGUGGUCUUUCCAGAUACCUUGCCGCACCGUUGGCUGUUCCUGCACUAUGGUACUGCCAUGGUCGGCAUGGGCGUUGCCAUUCUCUUCCAGUUCAUUCUACCUUGGCAGUGCCUGCUGGGGACCUUCACCAGCUAUUUCAUCUACUACUUCAGCCUCACCGAGUUCUGCAUCAGCCAAGGGGCGGCUCGGCAUCUCGCGUAUGACUGGACCUUCACACCCGGUGUGCUCGAAAAGCCUGGAUCUCUGGUGAUGGUUGUGAUCGAAUGGACCUUAUCUUUUGGCGCCAUCACGGUGGUUGUGUCCUACUGCCUCUCGGAGAUCUUCAAACAACGUGCCCAGAUCUCGGUGAUGAAGAGUGAAAUUGGAGAGUUGAAUGAGAUGCUUCCGCCCUUUCCCACCGUGAAACGAACCCGUUUCGUGGCCGCGGCGGAGUCUGGCCGACUGGCGGAAAGUGUGUCGAUCGCGGCAUCCAGAGCUCCGGUCGUUUUGCUGUCGAUGUCCUCCCUCCGGUCCAGCGCUGUGUGGGAGCCACCUUCUCGGAAAGCGGUGGAGCAGUACUGGACGGAAGAAGGGCGAAGAGCCAUCCGUCGCAAGCUGAGAGCCCUCUCCAAGCGCUUGAAACAGAGCACGUAUGCCCCACGCAUGUGCGCAUGCGUGCGAAACCCGCAGUGUGUGCGCGUUGCCCAGUUCACUGAAAGCUUGCGCUUAUUGUAUGCAGUGUUGCAGUUGCGUCGUGUCCUUGCCGUCUCUUUGGUGAAGCGCAAGCGACAUGAAGCGGCGCAGGUGACCGUGGCUUCGUCGCAGUUCGACGGACCGAGCGCGGUUCUGGUUGGACCGGAGACUGAGUCGGGGGUUGGCCAGGUGACUUGCACGGAUCUCAAGAGAAUGCUACAAGCGUGUAGGGUUCUCCUUUGCUUGUGUGUGAAAGCCGUUUUCAGCAUCAAGACUGAGCACACCAUGAAGUGUUUGGCUUUUCUGCUGCCAUUGGCCUACGGCUGGUGGUGCGAGACCAGCAAGCGUCAUGGUUGCCGUGGGCAGUCGCGGCAGUUGGUCCGAGAGACCACGGCGGUGAAUCCCUUUUUGCCCUUCACAGAGAUCAAGAGUAACGUUGGCAACAAUGCGGAGCCCAUCGUGGUGGAUUGGGACAAGGAUGGUGAUUGGGACGUGAUCCUGAAGACCAUGGAUGAGCUGUUGUUCUUUGAGUUCAAAGCCGAAAACCAUUUCGUGCAAAUGGAGCCGAGUCCCUUCAAAGGCAUUCCAGGCGGAAGUUGUCGACCAGCGGUUGCAGACUGGGAUGGUGAUGGACGUUUGGACUUGAUUGUGGGAGCCGAGGAUGGUAUCAGGUACUAUCAGAAAGAUGGGGACGGGCAACUCCAGAGGCGAAGCGGAGGAGAGAACCCCUUUGAGCACAUCUACACGAAGCACGGUGCCUGCUCGGAUCUCUCCAUUGAAGAUUGGGAUGGUGAUGGUGACUUAGAUUUGUUGGUCUCCGGUUAUGAGAGGCCAGUGAGUUAUUUUGAACGAUCCGGAACCCAGCUUGUGCUUCUAGAAGGAGAAAGGAAUCCAUUUCAUGCCAUUGCAAAUCAAACCAUCACUCACAGGGCAAUCAUGACCGAUUGGAAUGGAGAUGGAUACAUGGAUGUGAUCUUGAUGGUCAAGCUGUUUCACAAGUGGACGCAAGUGCAAGGUGAUCCAAUGAACAACAAGGUCGGGUGCCCCAUAUUUUUGUAUGAGCAGAAGAAGAUGGAUGGCAAGAUGACCUUGUCGUGGAAGGAUGAAGAGUUCUUCCGGAACCCGAACUGCAGGUCAUUUGAUGGUUCUGGUGCAUCCUUUGUGGACAUUGACCAGGAUGGUGAUCAAGACGCUGUCUUUGGGUCGUUCCAAGGACCCUUGCAUGUCUACGAACGCACUUCCAAAGGCCUUGUGAAACCUGAAGAUGCGAAGUCUUCGGCCGGUUCUCCAUUGGACAUGAUCCAAGUGGACACGUCGGUCUUUGGGGGGGUGACAGGCUACUACUACCCCGUGUUGGCUGAUUGGGAUUUGGAUGGAGACCUUGACCUGGCUUUUCUUCAUUAUGCGUACUCUGGAGAAGAUCGAUACUUUGAGCAUUUGCCAGACAACACGGUAAAGGAGUUGACUGGACCGCCCAACACCUCUUGUCCCAUUGAUUGGAGCAGACACUUCAGCUUUGUGGAUUUUGAUGGAGAUGGAAAGAAGGACCUCCUGGGAUUCCAACGUGGUGUCGGUGUGGUCGUUUGCGUUCAGACAUCUUCCGGCUUUGAGAUGGUGCAGCAGGAGGAUAACCCGUUCUACUCCCGAAAACACCGUUGCUAUGAUGAGGUGAAAUGUACAUGGGAUGGAGACAAUUACUACGGUUACUUCUCCUUUCUAGGUUACCCGUCCUUCUUGGAUUGGGAUGCCGACAGUGACAUGGACAUGCUCAGGAUCACAACGACCAAGAAGGUAUACUUAUAUGAACAGCAUGCCAAUGGCACGUUCACUGCCCACGCUCUCCCUCUUCCCACAGCCCGUGCCUUUUCAGCUGAAGAUUUUGAUGGAGAUGGUGACAUUGACAUGAUGAUUCUCCCACCCAACUCAGAAAACUGUUUGUACUUCGAGCGCCGGGAGGAUGGAAGUCUUGAACAACUGUUUGGUACCGACAACCCCUUCGAUGCAGUUUGCCAGCGAAUGAGCGGAGGCACUGUGGGCUCGACCACAGGAGAUGCAGAACGGUACGCUGCUCUGGCAGACUGGGAUGGAGAUGGUGAGACAGAUCUACUACUUGUCGGUCGCUACAAGGUGAAUCUUUGGUCCAAUCGCCCGAAGGAGGACUUUGUCGAAGUGGUGGGACAAGAAAAUCCGUUUGCUCAGCUCGGAUUGUUCCAAGAGACGGAUGUGACACUGGUGGAUGUGAACGGUGAUGGCAAGAUGGAUGUGGUUUUCCCCCCACAGCAUGAAGAGAGUGGAUUGUUGGAACAGCUGGGUCCAGCGAAUCCCUUCGAGAAGGUUGGCUACGACAGGGCGCUGACGCACUCCAAUGCCAAGAAUUUGCUUGUGGAUGUUGAUGGCGAUGGCGAUUUGGACAUCGUUCAUGGGGAGUUACACUAUACCAGGAAUGACGGGGGGCACUUCACCUACCUAGAUCCUGCUGAUCCAGAUCAUCCUUUUCGUGGGAUCCACGACACUUACCUCUCAUGCUGGACGUUUGUGGAUUGGGAUCAGGAUGGUUACAAGGACUUGGUGCAUUCCUAUCUGGGCAGAACAUUGUUUGAGCAACUGUUCCUUGUCCAACAAGUCCUGAAGGUUGCCCAGGACAUGAAGCGAGAUGGGGUCAGUGCCGCUGAGAUCAAGGCUUGGAUGGUGAAGCAAUUGGCUUCCCAGAUACGUUUCUAUCAAAAUACAGCCAAUGCGAGUUUCCAGGAACUCACUGGUUCUGCCAACCCCUUCCAUGAGAUCGAUUUCUUGGACAUCAAUUCCAUGUGUCCCUCUUUGGUUGACCUUGACCAAGAUGGAACUUUGGAAUUGGUGAUGGGAACAACUGGUUUGACCGCUAGUAAGCUGCUGUACUAUGUGCAGCAAAAUGGCACAUGGAGGCACAUGACGGAGACACCUUUCGAUGAUUUGUCCAUCCAUGUCAAUGAGAAUCGCCCUGUUCAUCCUCGAUUCGUGGAUUGGGACAAUGAUGGUUCGAUGGACUUGAUUUUGACGGGAACCGAUCGGGUGCAAUUCUUCCAGCGGGGUGUGUGCAAGCCUUUGUCCUCCUAUUGCCGUUCGGGUUUCUGUGAUCAGCAAAGCUCCAAAUGCAGAUGCUCCACAGGGGAAGAAGGAGAAGACUGCAGCCUUUGUGGGAUGUUCCAUUUCGAUGUGAGUGGUUCUUGCAGAGCAUGUCCUGGUCACAAUUCGUUGGCAGGUACUUGCAGCCGUCGAGGACAGUGCGAGGACGAUGAAGAUGCACGGAUGAAGAACGCUGACUUGAACAUGACGGGUUUCAAAGUGGCUUCUGCCAGGGGCACUGGCCGCUGCACGUGCGCAGAGCCAUUUUUUGGACCUGGUUGCGAACAGGGACUGUGCCCGCCAGGACAGCGCUUGGACAGGCACGCACUUGGCGUGGAAAGGUCCGAGAAGUACCAACAGUGGCAACUGUGUGCACCCUGCCAAGCUGGAAGAUUCAAGAAUUCCUCCGGCAAUGAGGAGUGUUCUCUUUGCCCAGCUGGGCAAGUUCCAGUGAAUGGCACCCAUUGUCUUCCCUGUUCUUCAGGCACCGUCCCAUCACCCGACGUCCCGGAAACCUGUGUCCCUUGCGCCGCCGGCGACGUGGCGCUCACCGGCGCGGCCACCUGCACGCCCUGCCCGGCGGGAACGGCGCCCGACGGCGAGCGCAGCGCCUGCGUGGCCUGUGAGGCCGGAGCCUUUGCCAGGCCCCGCUCCAAGGAAUGCAGCUUGUGCCCCGCAGGCACUGUUCCAAACAAGCUGAAGAGCGAUUGCAACGAGUGCAUGGGUCAGACUUAUGCACUUGAGGGAGAUGAAGUUUGCCAGACCUGUGCCUUUCCAUCGAUGAUCUUGGGCGAAGAGAAUUGGUGUACGCCACUCUACACCAUGCUCUUUGUCAUUGCGUUCAUUCUCUUGUCUCUCUUCAUCUUAGCCAUCUUUGGAAGGUUGCGCCUUGAAUGCCUCAAACGGCGACUCAACAAACUGGCUGCGGCCAAAAAGUGGCAGGAGCUGCAUAGCACGCAGGCUAAGCCGCUGGAAUAUGGCUUGUGGCAGAGUAAAGCUUGCAAGGUGCUUGCAGCUCGCAAGGCCGAUGUGAAGUCACGUUCUUUGCAGCUUGGCAUCUCUUUGCAGUACGUCUUUGAGAAGCUGGAGACGGUCUAUGAGGAGAAAGCACAGCAGGUGGAAUGGCGAAUGGACGAGUGGGGUCCCGUGACCAAGAGUGGCUUCUUGGUCAAGGUCCGCAACUGCAAGCUUCCGGUGGAUCCCCAUCAUGCCUGGCACAAUCUUCCGAUUUGUGAUCACUCAGAAGAUCCCAAUUUCCAUCAAGUGGCAGGAGUCUUAGCAUAUGGCCCAUGGGCUUUGGGUAAAGGCCUAUGCUGCCCACGUGAUGGUCGCCCAGAUUGCAGCAUUGUGGAUGCAUUGGAAAUUGAAUCCAAUAGUGCCAGGGCAACAUGGCUUUGGCGCGAUGGUGGCAAAGGCACCGCAUCGUGUCAGGAGUUGACCCAGGAAUGUCGAGUGGAUGCCCAGCAGGCCAAAGCUUCAGUUCAAGCAGAUGCUGAUGCAAUCAAAGAGCACAUCCAAAAGGAGCAUCAAUCCUUUGAGUAUGUGAACCAGACGGUGGAGCAGGCCCUUUGGUGUGAAGUCAUCAAAUUCCUGGAGCAAUCCGAGGGAAUCUCCGAAAGCGAAGAAAUGCCUUCGACCCAAACUCCGCAAGAGUCCUCCGAGGUUUCGGAAAGGACCAGUUCCGACAAAGACUUCGAGAGAGACAGGGAGUCUCGGUGCACUCUUCAAUGA